AUGGCGACAAGUCAAAUGAGGGAACUGUUGCAAUGGGUAGAGAGCAUUGCCGAUCCAUGUACGAACGAAUGGCCGAUGGUGAAGUCGCCACUCAUGCCUCUAUUGGCUACAAUCGCUUAUUUGCACCUAAUACGCAUAGGACAAGUGUUCAUGGACAACAAAAAACCGCUGAAUUUAAAAGGUUUCAUGCUAAUAUACAACGCGUUUCUAGUUGGUCUUUCAACGUUUAUGUUUAUGAAGUUUCUCCUAGCGGCUUGGCCACGACCAGAAUUCAGCUGGUUAUGCCAGAGCGUCGACUAUAGUAGUAACUUACAACCAAUUCGCCUCGCAAGUGCUUGUUGGUGGUUUUAUAUAUCAAAAUAUAUCGAGUUUAUUGAUACGUUUAUUUUUAUACUGAGGAAGAAAAAUGGACAAGUAACAUUUCUUCACUUGUAUCAUCAUGCAACUAUGCCGUUCUUAUGGUGGUUUGUUACGAAGUGGAUCGCUGGAGGUUCAGCAUUUUUUUCUGCAAUGGUAAACUGUUUUGUCCAUAUUAUAAUGUAUACCUACUACACGCUAUCCGCCAUUGGACCAAGUAUGCAACCGUAUCUUUGGUGGAAAAGAUAUCUCACUAAAGUACAAAUGAUACAAUUCGUCACAGUGAUGCUGCACACUGCUUAUGUGAUAUAUUCAAAUUGUGGAUAUCCACGUUGGCCAAUGGCGUUUCUCAUCAUCUACAUGGCGUCACUGUUUAUUCUCUUUGCAAAUUUCUACAGUAAAACUUAUGUCACAAAACAGACAUCUCAUUUGAAGUCAGGAUAGCAGGCUCGCAGUUACAGGCCC